AUCUUCUUCCGCGAUUGUCCAAAGUACAAUACUCUUCAAGAUGCUCUUUACUAGCAAGUCCCUCCUGCUCGCUCUGAGCACUCAGCUCUUGGCUGUGAGCGCUGCUCCAGUCUCGAGUGCCUCCUCCUCUGAGGUCAGUCAGCCCACGCCUCCUGCCGGGGUUGCUCAAUAUGGCAACUAUGGAGACUACGGCAAGUACGGCAACUACGCUUCCUACGGCUCAUACAAGAGAGAUGAUGUCCCUGAGGGGGAGGGCGAAGAUCCUACGCCUUCCACCACGACCACACCUACUGAAACCCCUACCCCUACUCCGAUCAACUAUGGUAACUACGGCAACUAUGGACAGUAUGGCUCCUACGGAGCGUACAACAUCGAGAAGAGAGACGACAGCAGCUCCACAACCGAUGCUACUACUACCUCCACACCUACUGAGACGCCUAUCAGCUAUGGAAACUAUGGUGACUACGGGAACUACGGUGGCUACGGCUCUUACGGGUCGUACAAGAGGGACGAGGUCCCCGAGCCUGAAGAGAGCAAGACUACUACCUCCACACCUACUGAGACGCCGAUCAGCUAUGGAAACUAUGGUAACUACGGCCAGUAUGGCUCCUACGGAAGCUAUUCCGGAGCUGCUGUCGCUCAAGAAUAAGCUAAGAGUGACGGUUGUGACCAUGUAACACGGUCGCACUUUAUGUGUAACGAGGCAACAGCCACGAUGAAUGAAAUGUACCGAAUAACGAGAACUUCUAGCCCAUGGUCGCCAAGGCUGUCAGCAUGAACUGAAAACGUGAGACUGACUGCAAGGGAGGGAAAUCCAGCAAGGGGUGUGUUACCGUUAUUUGAGCAAGCAGCCAGGUUGCCUAUUGUAAACGGUGGAUUGGAUGGUGAUACUGCACGUGGACGAAUAAUGCUUGUUGAACAUUCUUAUCUUUGACCAUAUGCCCUGACGAGUUAAUUGAAAUAGCAUAAAAUAACAUAAAUAUGUUGUGAUUUA